AUGUCGCUCUAUAAGACAAUGCGCUGUCGUACGCGUCCAUCGGUUUGCCCGCUGUGUUCACAGUAUUUUGACGAGCAUGGUAAAGGUAUAAAGCCAUUCUGCAACCAAGGAAGUCGUUGUCGGUUUAUUCACCCAUCUGAUCUUCAAUGGGAUAAAGGCCGCGUCAACCCCGAAAAGUCUGCUUAUAAUGAUACCAAAUGCGAAAAAUCCAAGACCAAACCGAAACACAAGCCAAAAGCUUCAUCGACAAGUCCUUUACAACGAGGCCCUCGUUCAUCGCCACUCGUGCCACAGUCUGACUUGUUCAGGCGAAAUCAUGGGGAGCUCGAUAGAGAGCGCGGUCGUGACCGCGAAGUAAAACCUAUUCAGCGUGACCGCCGUGAUAGGGACUUCGAUUCAUGGGAGCGUUAUGUGCGUGACCGCGAUCGCUCCAGGGAUGUCCGAAGGUCUUCCCGGGAGAGGGCUGACGAAGAGAGGGCAUUACAUUCUUCAAAGCGAUCUAAGAGAACCGAGGGGCAUGCAAUCCGGUCCUCGGUUAUGGAUUCAGGUGACAAUCCUGAGAGCGGCAGUCGCCACGGAAAAGACCGUCUAGAUGCUUCUCAGAUGACGCCAGGAAAUCUGUCUUUUCAAUCGAGAGACGACAACAAGAGGUCCAUCGACGUCAUCAGCGAGUUCUCUAGUCGUCUUGCAAGGCUGUGCAGCCAGCUGGUUCAAGAUUCAUGUCAGCUUGACAAGGAAGAAGACAAAUUAAAGGCAUUUACGGAGUUGUCUACCGAGCUUUCCAAAGCUGCGCCGUCUACUGCGAUGGCGGUGACUCCUGCUUUGGCAGCCGUCAUAACAAGUCACGCGAAAUCCAAAGAGCGCGUGGCAACGCGCGUUAGAGAACUAGAUUCUCUGUGGGAGAGCCUGCUCUCAAAUAUUGUGACGACCAUUGUCAAAACGACAGAUAUCAACUUGGAGCGCGCCAUUGCAUUGUUGCACACAGAAACGGAUGUGGCUCUGCAGCACGGUACCAAUCCUGGGGGGAGCUGGACGAAGCUAUCGGAGUUGAAGAAUACUUCAGCCGACGAUGAUAGAGAGAAUGGAGCAGCAGGUGCUGAACAUGGGUCCAAGGCAUGGUCGCGAUCGCCAGAUUCAAAACGUCGUCGGGUGGAAUCAUCUACGCCAACAGCGAUUCCUGUAAAGGAGGAAAACGUUGACUAUAGAGGUUUGCUGGCGGCCAUGAAGUCGUCCUUGGCUAUGCAGACGCGAACAUUUGAACUGCUUGCCAAAGAAAAACAACUAGUGGGUGGCGUCAUCGAUAUUGCAACAAUCGUGGACAAUUUGAUGAAUACCGACGACACCAACUCCCCUGCUUCCACCGACAGUGAUGCUGUCAAUUGCUCAACUGCGAGAGUCUACUUCGGUCCAGUGCAAUCACCGGAGAAGAGACUCAUCGCUAGUGAGGUCACGCGAAGACGUGAACUAAGUAUUGGCACCGUCGACUCUCUCCUUCGUCCAUCGGGACUGCCUACUCUCCAUGCCCCUCCAUCGCCACAGGAAAUCACGCGCGCACCGGACGAAAGUGUUGAACGAAGCGACGAAGAUGCAGAUGAGAUCUCUGAUGUGGCUGCUCAUCUAUCUCGUGAAGACACGCCUGAGAAUGAUACCUUGGGCCAGAACGAACCAUCCUCCGUUCUUGCAAGUCGAAUUAUGCGGGCUUGCGAUAAUCCUUCCCCUCCUCCGCGGGCCCACCCCACCCUUUACUUUGGUCUUGUGAUGAGGGAUGGACGCACACCAUUCCCAGAUAUAUCUGCACCCCCUAGCCCGUUUCGCCCCAUAAAUUUGCGUGAGAGACUGAGCCAGUUCUCCCCGACAGAACGUGCUUUGUCGCAAGAACCACCGCAGCAUCAAGUUUCCUAUGAUCAGAAUUCGCCUCCACAUGAUUCUGCUGGUAACAUCUUUCAGCCCGAUCUCAUCUCAUUUGAAUCUUGCUCCGCUCUAGUCAAGACUGCGGAAUCUUCUGCAGAAGGACGUCCCUGUGGUUCUCCAAUUCAAACUUUAUCGUCCAGCGUAGAUGAUCUCCUCUCGCAUUCCCCAGAGCAUCCUUCUGUCAUACCUGCCCCUCGUGUAGACGGCAUAGAACGGUCUAAUUCCUCGGAUAGCCUAAAUAAGCUUCCUCAGGGGUGCCCACCGGCUGGCAUGGAAUCUAGACCACCACACUCCAGCUUUCCUUCGCCGUUGGUCGCCACCUCCAGCGCACCGGAUGUCACUGAGGAACAUGCAAGAUUACCCGUGCGGCGAUCAGCACGCCUUAGUGGGACUCCACGCCCCAACCAAACCACUCACACACAACAACCUCCGGAAACGCCGAAACUCAAAGGAAAAUCGAAGGCGACAACAACCGCGCCCGAGGGGAACGUUCCUCUGAUGCGGGAUGAGCAAACUAAGAUAAAGAGAGACGACGAUUCACGAAGACGGGCAUUAAACGGGAAAUAUGACACCACCCCCAAUUUCCAAAGGGAAUUAGGGUCCCUUUCUCCUCAGUCCGCGGAUGUCUUAACGCGUUUGUUGCCGUCCGAGCGAUCUACGCCACUCCCAGAGGGACAGUAUUCGCUACCACAACGUGAAAUUUCUUCUGUAUCUUUGGACCCUCCAUUGUUGACACCACAGAGGCCAAAGUCAGAUUCUCAGCAUCCUCUGGCUACUGUGCAGCGGUCAUUGGUUGUCGCUCCAACACCUAUUCGUCCGAAUGGAAAUCUAUUCGGUUCUUCCUCUCAUCUCAAGUUUUCCUUGACCGUCGAGGAUGCCUCUCGCACACCAGCGAGAAGGGUGCCCAUUCAAGAUGCCAUCGUACAGGGCUCUGCAUCCUCACAAAACACAAUGCUAUUGUCUGCGAAACGUGAUACAUCUACACGGUUGGUGGGCAUGCGUGGACCCGUCUUUUCGCGCCCUGCGUUGGACGAUCCAUCUCGUAGCCCUGCUAAGCGAAUUCUAAUCACAGAUUUCAACAGUCCUGUGCGCUCUCCAACUCGACCAGCAGGUGCGAGGGCUCGAAGUGCCUCAGCGGAACCGAAACCCAUUGUCUCUCAACCUAUCCGAAGUCAUUCUGUAGACCCCUUACCCCGUGCCGCUGAUAACAAAGGCAAAGAACCUAUGUUCCCUAAUUUUUCUUCCAAACCGAGAUCUGGCGCCAAACUGCCGUUCCCUCUAAAGGAUCUGAAGCUUGUCGGAGAAGAUUUAAUCGCUAAUCAGGCUGCGUCGUCCUCCAGUCCUGUGAAGUUUAGUUUGAAACAGCCCUCUAUUGGUAGUCGCAUACCAAGAAUCGGCGCCAAGCCUUAUGCUAGACCACAGCCGAAGAAGCCGGUUACAUCCACAGCUGCAAAGUUACCUGCCUUUGGUACUGGACCGCGUGUCCCACUUUUCAAAUCAGCUCCCGCUGGCAAUGGUAGUAGCAGCUCCGAAGAAUCAUCUGCCAUCGCCCCACCACUAAAUCGAAAAUUCGAUGGGAAAUCUGUAGCAGAGCCAUCAGUACUCUCGACCCUGAAGCGAAAGCGUGGCAUAGAAGAGACUGCUACGUCUUCCCCUACUCAUCAUGUGAUGGUCCGCCAGAUUGUGCCCGGGAUGCUUGGUAGCAAGUAUGCCCCAAAAGCAGCACCUGGGCUCCCACCAUCGGCUCCCUCUCUACCAGAGCCAAGUCCUCGGAAGCCGCCUGGUCCUAUAAAGUUCCGCAAAGUCGAGCCCGGAGUCAUAUCAGCGCGUUAUGCAGCGCCCAUCAAAACGACUGCAUCUGAUCCUCCAGCCACCGAUGUCCACAAAAGCAGCCCGCAGAUUUUGAUCGUGUCUGAGGAACCAGUCACCCAAUCAUCUUCGCCUCCCAGUUCAACCUCCCCGUCUGCUCUACCAGAACCUGAACUUGCGAAGCCAUCACAUGAUGUUGUUGAGCCCAAAGAAACGGUGGAAGCAUCUGCACAUCAGCCACCAGCAAAUCGAGGUCGGGGCCGUCGAACGCCUCGACGCAAGCCUGCAGCGCAGCAUGCCAACGACGUUUUUGGUCCCUCCACUUCGACGCAACCUCUCCAGCUUCGACGUUCACGGCGCUCUGAGGGCGAGGGCUUCAUGGGGAUGAGUGCAGUUGCCCUCCAAGCCCUCACCACUUCCAACACCACAAAGAACCAGGAAAUUUUCGCAAAGCUGGAAAGGGAGGUAAUUCGCAAGGAUGGCACCAGGCCAGAGAGCCCUGCAAUCAAGGUUCGGACGAUCUCGCAAAAACAGAGAGAUAUGAGGGAUCGGCAACGACUUGAACGAGCUGAGCGGAGGGCGAAGCGGGGUGAAGACGGGCCCGGGUUGAGUGAUUGUGAAGGUGCUAGCGAACUGGGUGAUCAAUCCAUCCUUGGAUUUGAUAAAGAACAUGAUGAAAAUGAUGGGGUGAUCUGGACGAAGCAUCGUAGGGGACCAGGAGAAGUGGAGGAUUAUGAGACGCCAGUUAGGCCUGAUCGCCCGGUCAAACGUUUGCGGUUUGGGGAAGGCCCUCAGCAGGAAGGGGAAAGAGAAAGCAAACGGGUGAAGUGGCAUCAGGGGUUAUCCACGGAAAUUUAUUUGGAUGAGGUUCAUCCUCGACCUCACUCGUGGACUAAGGACUUUGUCAUUGAGAAAAGCUGCUUAGCCCCGACGUCCAAGGCAAGUGGUUUGCGUGACUUUUGUACUACGUUCUUGCUCACCUUCCUCCAGACUCUUCGCUUAGACACUCUGGGCAACGUGAUGGAUGUCGAGCAGCAUCCACUCACUGACCUUCACCCAGAGAACAUCGUGGUAAAGAAGUUUGUGUAUGACAACGACGCUGAGGUGGUGGUGAAAGAGGUUAUACCCCCAAAAAUCACCAGAUCGAAGAGUAAGAAAUCGAAGAGUUAG